AUGGCAUACCCUCGUGCCACUAUCAGGCCGAAGCGCUCACGAGCCGCAAAGGCCCAGCGCUCCAUCCUCGCAAACGUCGGCCUCAUCGCCCUCGUCCUCCUCUGCUGCCUCUGCUUCCUCCCCGCCGGCAACCUCGUUCGUGCCGCCGAGACCGAGGAGAAGAACUACGGAAAUGUCAUCGGUAUCGACCUUGGAACUACUUACUCGUGUGUCGCCGUCCAGAAGGGCGGAAAGGUUGAGAUUAUUGCGAACGACCAGGGCAACCGUAUCACUCCCUCUUGGGUCGGUUUCACCGACGAGGAGCGUCUGAUUGGUGACGCCGCCAAGAACCAGGCUCCCCAGAACCCGUCCAACACUGUCUUCGAUGCCAAGCGUCUCGUCGGCCGCAAGUACUCGGACCCCGAGGUGCAGCGCGACAAGAAGCACUGGCCCUUCGCCGUUGUCUCCAAGGCCGGUAAGCCCAUGAUCCAGGUUACCGCCAAGGGCAACAAGAAGGACUUCUCCGCCGAGGAGAUCUCCGCCAUGGUCCUCUCCAAGAUGAAGGAGACCGCCGAGGCCUACCUCGGUGAGCCCGUCACCCACGCCGUCGUCACCGUCCCCGCCUACUUCGACGACGCCCAGCGCAAGGCCACCAUUGACGCCGGAACCAUUGCCGGCCUCAACGUCCUCCGUCUUGUCAACGAGCCCACCGCCGCCGCCAUCGCCUACGGCCUUGACCGUGUCAAGGACAAGGAGGAGCGUCAGAUCAUUGUCUACGACCUCGGUGGCGGUACUUUCGAUGUCUCGCUUCUCUCGAUUGAGGACGGCGUCUUCGAGGUUCUCGCCACUGCCGGUGACACCCACCUCGGUGGUGAGGACUUUGACAACCGUGUCAUGGACUACAUCAUCAAGAAGUACAAGAAGGACACUGGCGUCGACGUCUCUGGCAACAAGAAGGCCAUGGGCAAGCUCCGUCGCGAGGUUGAGAAGGCCAAGCGCACUCUCUCUUCGCAGAUGUCCACCAAGAUUGAGAUUGAGUCCUUUGAGGGCGGCAACGACCUCUCCGAGACCCUUACCCGCGCCAAGUUUGAGGAGCUCAACGUUGACCUUUUCCGCAAGACCAUGAAGCCCGUUGAGCAGGUUCUCAAGGACGCCGGUGUCAAGAAGUCCGAGGUUGACGACAUUGUCCUCGUCGGUGGCUCUACCCGUAUCCCCAAGGUCCAGGCUCUCCUCAAGGAGUACUUCAACGGCAAGGAGCCCUCCAAGGGUAUCAACCCCGACGAGGCUGUCGCCUACGGUGCCGCCGUCCAGGGUGGUGUCCUCUCUGGCGACGACGGCGCCAACGGUGUCCUCCUCAUCGACGUCUGCCCCCUUACUCUCGGUAUCGAGACCACUGGCGGUGUCAUGACCAAGCUCAUUGGCCGCAACUCGGUUGUCCCCACCAAGAAGGCCCAGAUCUUCUCCACCGCCGUCGACAACCAGCCCACCGUCCAGAUCCAGGUCUACGAGGGUGAGCGUUCGAUGACCAAGGACAACAACAAGCUUGGCCAGUUCGACCUCACCAACAUUCCUCCCGCUCCUCGCGGUGUUCCUCAGAUUGAGGUCACUUUCGAGAUUGACGCCAACGGUAUCCUCAAGGUCUCUGCCCUUGACAAGGGUACCGGCAAGUCUGAGUCGAUCACCAUCACCAACGACGACCGCCGCCUGUCCCAGGAGGACAUUGACCGCAUGGUCCAGGAGGCCGAGGAGUUUGCCGACGAGGACGCUGCCAUCAAGAAGCGCAUCGAGGCCAAGAACUCGCUCGAGAACAUGGUUUACUCGCUCAAGGGCCAGAUCAACGACAAGGAUGGCCUCGGUGGCAAGCUCGACUCUGACGACAAGGAGACGAUUGAGGAGGCCAUCAAGGAGAAGCAGAAGUGGCUCGACUCGAACCCGUCUGCCGACGCCGAGGACUACGAGGAGCAGCUGUCUGAGCUCCAGUCGACUGUUGCCCCGAUCACCGCCAAGCUGUACCAGGGAGGUUCGGCUGGCGACGACGAGGUCCCCUUCAACCACGAUGAGCUCUAA